AUGACGCGAAGUGACAGUGUAUGUGAUAAAAAGAUGGACUUUGAGACUGCAUUAAAUAGUGAAAUAGGACAAUUCGGAAAAUAUCAAUUAAUAAAUAUAUUACUUUUGACCGUCCCAGCUGCCCUGUCGGAUUUCAUGGCUGGAGACUACGUGUUUACAGCGGGAAAACUACCACAUCGAUGCGCUAUCUCCAUUUGCGAUGAUCAACCUCCAGAAUAUGCACCCCAAUGGAUAUUAAAUGCUGUUCCAAGUACGUCAACGGGAUUCGAAGAUUGUUCUCGUUACGCAUACUUAUCGAACACUACACUAUUAGCAAACAGUACUUGCCCCGCUGACCUAUUUGACAGAAAUACGAUUAUUCCGUGUGAAGGAUACGUGUACGCUAGAAUAAACACAGUUGUUUACGAUUUCGGUCUAGAAUGCCAGGAGUGGCUUAGAGCACUGGCGGGGACUUUAAAUAGUCUCGGUGGAAUGGUCGCUCUACCUUUAGCAGGUUUCAUAUCUGAUUAUUUUGGACGUCGUAGCUCUAUUGUCUUUUUCGGGUUUAACGUCGCCUUAGUGGGCCUGUUAAAAGCUUUUUCUAUUAAUUAUACUAUGUAUGUUACACUACAAUUCUUACACACAGCAAUAGGCGGUGGACUUUAUAGUGCGUCGUAUAUCUUGGCAACUGAACUAGUUGGUUCAAAAUUCCGCGUUCCGACGAGUGCUACAAUGUCGUCUAUGUUUGCUUUAGGUCAAGCUAUAUUAGGUGCAAUUGCAUCGGCUAUACCCGACUGGCGUCAGCUAACAUUAACACUAUUUACUCCUAUAUUUUCGUUACUUAUUUAUUAUUGGAUUGUAACAGAAAGUCACCGAUGGCUCCUUAGCAGAAACAAAAAUAAUGAAGCCAAAAUAGUUUUAGAAAAUGCGGCUCGAUUAAAUGGAAGAAAAAUAUCUGACACUGCAAUGAAUUUUCUUCUCACAGCAAUUCCACAACAGACUAAUGAGAAAUCAGAUAAAAGCAGCAAACUGUUAUUCAUUCGGGUUUUAAAAUCACCUGUAAUGUUACGUAGAUGUUUUACUACACCCGUGUAUUGGAUAGCAACUACGUUUAUUUAUUACGGUUUAUCUAUCAACUCAGUUAGUUUAUCAGGCAAUAUGUAUUUAAAUUAUGUUUUAACGUGCCUUAUCGAAAUACCUGGUUAUUGGACAGCUUAUUUAAUAUUAGACAGAGUAGGGCGUAAAGUCACUCUCUUUACAGGUUACAUGCUAUGUUCAGCAUGUUGUAUUGCAUUUUCGUUUACACCAGACGACAUGUACGUAUUAUCCUUGUUUCUAUAUUUAACCGGAAAAUUUAGUACAGGAGUUAUAUUCACGUCACUGUAUCUCUUCACUUCCGAAUUAUAUCCCACGAGACAUCGUCAUUCUUUUCUAGGAUUCUCUUCAAUGCUAGGUCGUAUUGGUUCAGUUUUGUCGCCUUUAACUCCUCCUUUAAUGGUAUAUUGGUCGGGAAUUCCCUCUAUGCUAUUUGCAGUAAUGGCGGCCAUAGCUGGCCUUUUAAUUUUAACACAACCUGAAACUCGAGGUUUAAAAGUAGCAGAUACUUUCGAAGAAGCCGAACAAAUUGGAAAACUAAAAAAUAAUAUUAUAUAU